GGACCCGCCCCGGGAGGCACCCGCCGGCGCCCCCCAGCUGGAGCGCAUGCUGGAGUCGCUCAAGGAGAGGCUGGAGCACCUCCAGCACAGCCGCAACAGUUCCCUGUUCUCCAUCUCCCUGCGUGACGCCCUGCAGAAGAAAAUCAGCCUCUUGGAGCAUCAGAUCCGAGAGAAAUUCAACACCACCGAGCACCACGACCACAGCCACGAGGAGCCGCACCGCAGCCACGAGGAGCCGCACUGGCACAAGAACGGGGUCCACGGGCCUCACGAGAAGGGGCACAAGGUGGAGAAGCCGGACGAGGUUUUCCGUGUGGGCUUCCCCCUUCGCACCAACUACAUGUACGUCAAGGUGAGGCGGACGCUGCAUCACGAGAUCUUCGCUUUCACUGUCUGCCUCUGGCUCAAGUCCAGCUCAGCGCCUGGUGUCGGCACCCCCUUCUCCUACUCCGUGCCUGGCCAGGCCAACGAGCUGGUGCUCAUUGAGUGGGGCAACAACCCCAUGGAGCUGCUCAUCAACGACAAGGCUGCCACCUUGCCCUUAGCCAUCCACGACGCCAAGUGGCACCACAUCUGCGUGACCUGGUCGACGCGGGACGGCGUCUGGGAGAGCUACCAGGACGGGGUGCGGCGGGGCAGCGGGGAGAACCUGGCCCCCUGGCACCCCAUCAAACCAGGGGGCGUCUUCAUCCUGGGGCAGGAGCAGGACACGCUGGGCGGCCGCUUCGACGCCACGCAGGCCUUCAUCGGGGAGCUGGCCGACUUCAACGUGUGGAGCCACGUCCUGGCGCCGGGCGAGGUCUACAGGCUGGCCACCUGCGCCGGCCGCGCCCGCGGCGACCUCGUGGCCUGGGCCGAGGGCGCCGUGGAGCUGCAUGGGGGCGUGGCCAAGCUGCCCUUCAACGCCUGCCACUGA